GAGGCCCGUGAACUCUACUGCAAUCUGCAAAUGCCCGUAGCUCUCGUCGAAUCGAAUGCCCUUUUCCCACCUCCAUUCCCAUGCAAUAAAUUCCAAAUAGGACAAUUUUCCCACUUUCGUGUGAGACAAGAGGAUAGGACUUAGAAGCUUUGGCAAAUCAGAGAUCCCAAUACAGUACAAAAUAUACUUAUACCCACUUGACCUCUACCAUUCUCAUGCUAUAAAAAGCCAACAACAUUCUGUCUUCUAAUCUCUCACUGUAAGCAUUUAAUAAACAAACGGAAACAGGGUAAGAGAGAAGAAGAAGAAGAUGGUGUCCAGACUGCAAAGGAAAAUGGCAUUGCGCAGAAAGCUUCACAUUCUAAGAACCCUCACCUUCUCCAAAUCUGUGAAAAGAAGCUCUAUUAUUGCUGAUGCUAUUCUUUACAUUUACAAACUCAAACUCAAGUUGGAGUCAAUCAAAAGAGAACUCUUAUACUUAGAUGCAAUCAAAAGGCAAUGCUUAAGCAUGGUGAAGCUGCACCUCCACUUACCCAAGGUGAAAGUAGAGAAAGCUGGAAAAGGAUUUAUCGUAAAGGUGAUUUGCGAGAAGGGAGAAGAUAAGCUAGUCUCAAUAUUAGAAGUAUUUGAAGAAAUGGGUCUAACAGUCUUGCAUGCAAAGGUGUCAUGUAAUUUGUAUUUUGUCAUGGAAGCCAUUGUUGUAGCUGAAGAACAGACUGUUUUAGAUGUGAAAAAUGCUACUCAAGCUGUUCUUGAGGCUAUUGAAAAGCAUGUAGAGGGAACAGACACAAGCAGUGUAAAGGUUGCUGUCGUUUAAUUAAUGACUCCAAGUAAUGUUAUUGUUGUCUUGAAGAA